AUGCCCGACACGCAGUACUCGACCCGGUCCAUCCCCAGAAUCUCCCUACACGACUUCGACUCGCGCAUCGACGCCAUCACGGCGGAGCUCGUAGCGGCCGCCGAGACGGACGGCUUCUUCGCGCUCGUGGACCACGGGCUCUCGGCCUCGGAGAUCGAAGCGCAGUUCGAGCAGGCGGCGCGCUUCUUCGCGCUGCCCGACGAGGUCAAGGCCACGGUGCCCUUUUCACACCGCAACACCGGCUGGGAGAAAGGCGCGCAGAUCCGGCCGAGUACCGGCAGGGCCGAUCAAAAGGAGAGCUAUCAGAUGCAGUUCGGCGCCAUGAUGGACGGCAUGUGGCUGCCCAAGGACACGCUCCCCGGGUUCCGCGAGGCCAGUCUGGCCUUCAUGCACAAGGUCCAGGCCGUGAGCGAGAAGCUGAUGGUGUGCUUUGCGCGCGGGCUCGGAUUUGAGGACGAUUAUUUUGUCAAGGCGCACGAUGUGACCAGGCCUAAUAUCCAGACGGUGUUAAGGCAGCUGCACUACUUUGCCGUCGACCCUUCUGUCCCGACACCGGAGGGAUACCACCGUGCCGGCGCCCACGCCGACUGGGACUUCGUCACCCUGCUGUUCCAGCGGCCCGGCCAGAGCGGCCUGGAGAUCUGCCCGGGCCGCGAGGUGUUCUCCGAGUUCGGCCUCGGCGACUCCUGGACGAAAGUCGAGCCUGCUGCCGGUGAGAUAGUCUGCAACAUUGGCGAUUUGCUCAUGAGCUGGAGCGACGACCGUUUCAAGUCGACGUUCCACCGCGUGAAGACGCCCACCGACCCGGCCGUCGACUACUACGGGCCGCGGUACAGCAUGGCCUACUUCAACCAGCCCACCACCGAUUGCGUGAUCCAGGGCCCGCUGAAGAAGUACCCGGCGGUCACCGGCUCGCAGUUCACGGAGGCUGCGAUGAGGCGCAACUUUGCUGCUUUGGAGGCCACCAAGAAGAAGGCGAUGGAUAAGCGCGAGGAAGCAAAGGGGGGCAUGGUGGCUGCCGCAUCGUGA